GAAGGUUACUUACAUAGAGACCACAUUUGUUUCAGUCCAUAAGCCAUCAUUGACCUGCACUGGUUUAUUUUUAUUGCAUUACCAAACAUUUGAACAUGGUAGACAAGCAUGCAGUAUUCAUUCUCUCUGUGUGUAUGUACAGGGCAUUCCGGAAAGUAUUUGGACCUGUAUCUUUUUUCCACAUUUUACGUUACGACCUUGCUCUAAAAUGGAUAAGUGUGCAGUGUGCCCGCAGAUUCCUGUACCUGAAUUUUUGGGGACUGGGGCCUCACCGGUGUCAUGAACCAGAGGGCAAUAAACCUAAGGACACUAAGCCUGUGAUAUGUCUGGAAGUCGGCUUCCAUUGCUCCGAGUGGCAAGAUCCUCACAACUAUGAGCCUGAACACUCACAUGCGCAUGUCCCACACCGGAGAGAAACCUUACAAAUGCAAGGAGUGUGGCAAAAUAUUCACGAAGAGCAGCAGUUUAGGCAAACACCUGCUCACCCAGUGCUCUCUGCAUCACCUGGCCCUGGUGUGCUGCCAGCGGCGAGGCCUUCGACGUUAAAGGGAACAGAAUUGAAUAGACCUUUAGAAUAUAGUUUAAGAUUGAAUAAUAGAUCCUCGUCCACUGUGUGUGUGUCAGUUUUAGAACACCUAUUCAAGGCUUUUUCUUUAUUUUGACUUUUUUCUACAUUGUAGAGUAAUAGUGAAGACAACUGAAAUGACACAAGGAAUCGUGUAGUAACCAAGAAAGUGUUAAACACGUUUUAUAUUUGAGAUUCUUCAAAUGGCUUUGAUAACAGCUUUGCACACUCUUGCCAUUCUCUCAACCAGAUUUAUGAGCUUGUCACCUGGAAUGCAUUUCAAUUAACUGGUGUGCCUUAAAAGUUCAUUUGUGGAAUUUCUUUCCUUAAUGCAUUUGAGCCAAUCAGUUAUGUUGUGACAAGGUAUGGGGGGUAUACAGAGGAAAGCCCUAUUUGGUAAAAGACCAAGUCCAUAUUAUGGCAAGAACAGCUCAUCAUUACUUUAAGACAUGAAGGUCAGUCAAUAAGGAACAUUUCAAGAACUUUGAAAGUUUCAAGUGCAGUCGCAAAAACAAUCAAGCGCUAUGAUGAAACUGGCUCUCAUGAGGACCGCCACAGGAAUGGAAGACCCAGAGUUACCUCUGCUGCAGAGGAUAUGUUCAUUAGAGUUGCCAGCCUCAGAACUUGCAGCCCAAAUAAAUGCUACACAGAGUUCAAGUUAGCAGACACAUCUCAACAUCAACUAUUCAGUGAUGACUGUGAAUCAGGACUUCAUGGUUGAAUUGCUGUAACUAAACCACUACUAAAGGACACCAAUAAUAAGAGACUUGCUUGAGAUAAGAAACACGAGCAAUGGACGUUAGACCGGUAGAAAUUUGUCCUUUGGUCUGGAGUCCAAAUGGGAUAUUUUUGGUUCCAACCGCUGUCUUUGUGAGACGUGGUGUGGGUGAACGGAUGAUCUCCGCAUCUGUAUUUCCCACAUUAAAGCAUGGAGGUGUUAUGGUUUGGGGUGCUUUGCUGGUGACUGUCUCAUUUAUUUAGAAUUCAAGGCACAUUUAACCAGCAUGGCUAUUUGGGCUUGGUGGGACUAUCAUUUGUUUUUCAACAGGACAAUGACCCAACACAACUCCAGGCUGUAUAAGGGCAAUUUUACCAAGAAGGAUCCCCCGACCUCAACCAAAUAGAGAUGGUUUGGGUUGAGUUGGAUCACAGAUUGCUUUGGUUUCUACAUGAUUCCAUAUGUGUUAUUUCAUAGUUUUGAUGUCUAAACUAUUAUUCUACAAUGUAGAAAAUAGUACAAAUGAAAGAAAAACCCUUAAAUGAGUAUGUGUUCUAAAACUUUUUGCCGGUAGUGUAUAUAUAUUUAUAAAAUAUAAGAGCUUUAUAGAAUAUAACUUCAUUGUCCAUCAUUUAGGGUUAUAUUCUCUACUCCCAAUAACUAUUUCAAGUUACCUCUUCUCACUUUCCCCUGUGUGUGUGUGCGUGCGUGCAUGUGUCAGGUGUGAGUGAGGGAGUGUGUCCCCAGAUAAACAGCAGCUGGUCCUUCCUCCACUGCCCAGAGGAGGAUGAGUGUGCCAACGGCCACCACCACUGUAACGUCACCCAGGACUGCCAUGACCUGACCCAGGGAUACCACUGCACCUGCAAGCAGGGCUACGUUCUCAGCCGUGCGCCAAGUGCAAAGACUCCUUCAAUGGCACACCAGUAAAUGAGCACCAGUGCUACCGCCAGUUCAACGUGGACAAUGAGUGUUUUGCGUCGACCCCCACCAACCGCAAUCUGCCCAAGGGACACACUGUCUUCUUCGAUGCCCAGCCAAAGUUCACCAACGUGGACAUCCGAGUCACCGUCGACAUGACCUCCCGGGAGGUGGAGGUGUACGUGUCCAACUCCCAUGACACCUUCAUCGUAGAUGUGGACCUCCACACAGGCAUCCACGCCAUCAAGAUCGAGGACGAGUCGGUGGCCCGAGGUGGGGCGAGCGGAGGGGAUAAGGAGACACCUCUGUCACCUAUGAAGGUGUAUGCCAACUCCUCAUCCAGCCUGGGUGGGGCCAUGCUCCCCAACACCCCCCUGCAGCUCCACGCCAAGCCCCAAGGGGCAGACAGAGAGGUACGGGAGGCCAAGGUGGAGGGGCUCAUCUCCUAUAUCACGAUGUGGAAGCCCCAGACGGUGCUGAUUGUUCGAGGUGUCCGUGAUCUCGUGGUCAUCACCUUCCCCCAUGAGGUCCACUCCCUGAAGUCCAGCCGCUUCUACAUCGCCCUGCGCGGGGUAGGCGCCGAGGAGAGACGGGGCGAGUCCCAGGGCCUGCUCUUCCUCCACCAGGACCAGGCUCACAUCGACCUGUUCGUCUUCUUCUCUGUUUUCUUCUCCUGCUUCUUCCUCUUCGUCUGCGUCCUCCUCUGGAAGAUCAAGCAGUUCAUGGACUUCCGCCGAGAGCAGAGGCGUCAUAUCCAGGAAAUGACCAAGAUGGCAUCCAGGCCCUUCGCCAAGCUCACUGUCUAUUUGGAGCCAGAGGAGCCCCAGCUCAUCUACCUGCCCUCCACAGAGGGGCAUUGUCGUUGGCAAGGCAGGCUGGGGGGCAUUGUAGUUGGUUAGAGGGGGCGUGCUGGAGCCAUCUCCUACAAACACGAGCCAGGCUCCGGCCCCACCGUCCACCACCACCUUACCCUGGGUGGAGGGGGCAACAGUGGGCAACACCUGCCCCUGCAUUACCUCAACACCCACCACUAUGUCCCCACCAACACCACUGCAUCGCACCCCCACCAUCACCCAUCCUCCCACAGCGGCUACCAGCACUUCUGCCGCUCCGACCCCUUCUUGUCCCAGCUCAUGGGCUUCUCCUACUCCACCUUCAAGGUGGGGCCCAUCACCCUGGAGCCCACGGACGACGGCAUGGCCGGGGUGGCCACCGUCCUCAUCCAGCUGCCGGGGGGUAUCCUGGCCCCUAACCGCGCCUGCCUGGGGUCCGCCCUGGUCACACUAUGGCAAAACCUCCAGAAGUACUGUGGUCACGGCAUUUGAGGGGGCCACCCCGGGGCGGGAAGGGCGCGCAAAGUCCUGCUAGGGCAUCAGCACCUCACCACCAUGGCUAUGUAGAGGGGGGGAUGUGCAACAUCGAUUUGACAGGAUAGGAAUAAAGAAAGUGAUGCUUGUUUGUCAGAUGUUUUUUUAUAUCAUGGCAGUAAUGAUGAGUGAAAUUAAUUAUAAGUUCAUAUAUGGCAGGCUUUUAAGCUACGUGUCUGUUUAUUCACUCAAAACCUGAAGUAUAUAUUUGUACAUGUUCAUUCACAGGACCUGUUACAUGGUUCUUUAUCGGUUGCUGUUGUAUUUGUUUCUCUGCUCGUCUGUCUCCAGUUCUUCUGCAUUUGUGAACUACACUUAACAAUCCUGUUGUGUAUCGUUUCCUAUUGUGAGGCUUAUGGAGAACAUAUUUAGCAAAGCAAAACUUUUGACACAUUUGAUGUCUGUUUUAAAUAGAUUUUGUUACAAAUGAAGGAUUUAACUAGGUUAUCAGACUUCUGUCCCUGUAGCCAUUUUAUGAGUGGAUAACAUAACACACUAUGUAUUGUUUAGUUUAUUUUUUCAGUUAUUUGAUAUGAACUGUAUGUUAACUUAUAUGCCUUUUUUUUAUUUUGGCUCUCUCGAUUGGAUGAUUUUAUCAGCCAGUGAGAGCUUUGAUUAAAUCGUAAUUAUUUUUGUGAUUUGUCUUGUGACAAAUGGAACAAGAAAACAAUUACAUUAUGUGGAACAAAACAUUGUAUGGAAAUGAUGUCAGAUUAUAAUGGAGACAAAGGAAAGGGACAAAAUAUGUGCAAAGCUCCAUCUUCCUGGUGAAAGAUAACAUGAAUGAAAAAGUUGUUUUAUUUUCAA